AUGCUGGCCGCGAACAACGCCAGUGCAUCGACGCUCGACACAGACGUCUUCGUCGAUCCCGUCCUGCCCUUUACGACGGCAACGACGAGCUCCAUGGCGCUCCUCUCUGCCUCUGCACUGCUGGCGACCAUCGCACUCGUCUGUAUCGUCCACGCUCGCACCCGCCGUCACAGAGGGCAUCGCUCCAUCUCAGCAGGCGGCGACGAAAGGCAUGCCCCGCCCAUCGAAACGAUGAAAAAGGAGGGGGCCGACGAGCGCCGCUCGAGGACGCCACCUCGUCGCGUGGCCAAAGAAGGCUCGACGGGCGCAGCCUCGUCGUCGACGUUGCGCAGCGCCGUCACUCGCAGAGGCCCCGGCGCUGUCCUGCCGCGGGGACCACCUACCGAGGCGCUGCUCGACUUCUUUGCGCCCACGCGGUCCAUCUGGCCCAGCUACUACAUUCGGGCCGCUCGCGAUGCGGAGAUCCGAGCACGUCGCGCCGUCGCCGGGCAGGUGCCCUCAGACACGACGGCGACGGCCGCCGCUGCAUGGCCCAGCAUCUCAGUGACACCGCCUGCGAUGGGGCGUAUCGACCGUUCCACCGCGCUCGUCCUCGCGUCGCCGACAAUGUCGAGCCAGUCGCACGCGGAUCUACUGAGCGCGCGAGCCAGCGAGCCCGUCUGCCACCCCAUCUUCAUCUCCAUCGAGCAGCUCGAGGAGGACUUCCGCCACGGCAGGAUCGAGGCUGUAGACCCGACCUGGAGGCUCGCGGAUCUGGUGCAGGCUAUGGCGAGCUCGUCAUCGCCUUGCCGGUCCACUCCCGCUCUCUCCUGGCCACACGCCAGCGGGAUGGUCAAGGACGAGGACGCAGCCACCCACCAGAACCAGUCCUUCGUGACGGCAAGGCCCCAAUGGUGCGUCCAUCUGGUGAAUGCGCACUGA